CUUUACUGUGUAUUGUUCCGUUGUUACCAUUAUAAUGUUGCUUUAGCAUUAGCGCUACAGCUAACAGCCAAGUUACUGUCGCUAAUGCUACGGUAGAUAGCAUCAGUUAUGUGUGUAACUACCAUGGACCUAUAAGAAAGGACAGCGGAUGGCCGCUGUAGCACCCGAUUUGGUUCUCUCUUUCCCCCCCCCCCCAGUUCCUGUCCCCCCUUACGCUGAUUUACUGAUGAGCCGUGCGUUGUUGCUAUGUUACCGUACGUAAUUGAGGAAGAAACGUAAAUCGAUAACAGCUGGAUGUACGGCAAACCUCACACCAGGCUGUGCGGCAGUAGUCGUCUACUAGUCUGCUACGUUGAUUUUAGCGUCACAACACAACUAUAACACACACCCCAGACAGCAAUGGGGCGUCGAAAACGGGUUGAUUGUUGGUUAAAAUAGUCGGUUUCCGUCAGACGACUAAAAUUCACCGUUGAAUCAACGUGGUGGAUAGUCGUUAUCUCGACGGUCGGAGAAUGUCGAAAAUACUACGUUGUUUCAACGAUGAUUUGCUUGCUAAUUUUCAACGUCAUUUACCACACGUCGAAAUGGCGUUGAAUUGAGGUUGUAACGCAUAUUAGCAAUUUUCCUGAUAUUUCGAUUGUCAUUUUGUAAUGAGAUCAAUUAAUGCUUAUCCUUGUAGAUAAUCUGCAGGUAUGGCCAUUGAAUGUCGCAGCUACAACUAUUUCUGGCAGGAAAACUGGUCUAUAUACUUUUAGCAAGCUCACACAAACAGCUUUCACAAUUGCAAUAAAGAUCACUGGUUAAGAAAACCCCAUUACAACAGUAGCAUUUGAGAGGGGUUAAAACACAGAAGCUGCAAUUUAGAAAUCCUAGUAAAGCGAUGUAAACACCAUGAGAUCUACUCACGAUUCACAUUAGUUCAGAUCCAAAGUUAGUCAUAAGAUAAGCCCCAAAGCCCACUUACCUUAUUGAUUUCCACGCCCCUAUUCUUUGAAAUAAUUACUCAAGAGUUCGGCUUGACAAAGAUUAAGGUUUUAGUACCCAUUUGAUUGUGUUUUUUGAAAACUGUUAAGGAAUAAACAAACUACAUUAAUAGAAAUGUGUUGCAAGGUUGUAAUAACACAGAAAAACAAGUUAACUUGAAAUAAACAAACAUACAUGUAAUGGAGCGGGAGAGGGAAUACAGUAACCAGGGGUCAGCAACCUUUUCAACAUUCAGUGCCAGUUUGACAUUUUCUCGUUAAUAUGCCAUAAGAAACAAUGUAUUAAAUAUUAAGCUGAAUUAUGACACAGCGACCAAAAAUAUUUCCAACACAUUAAAUGUUUAUCUCAAACAUCUCAAAGCACUACUUUCAGAAACUUAUUCAAAAAACCAUUUGCACUGAGAAGUGUAAAUGUGGAAACGUCCGCAUCAAUAUCUUUAAAGACAUGUACAGCUUUACAAAAAAAUAUGUGACGGCCAUGCUUACAUAUACAGGCCACAACUAUUUUUGAUAUCAUUUCAGAACACUGCUUUCAGUGACUAAUUUAAACAUCUUUGCACUGGUAGGAAAUGCCCAAAAAACAGAAUAAAGUGGGGGAAAUAAAUCUGUAGUAAUGAUUAUGCUGCCGCAUUGUAGAAGGGAAGAAAUUGAAUAAAAUAAAAAUAAAAUCCCAAGUGUGCCAAUGUAGUAUGCAGUAAAAUAAAUAAUGAGGCAUAGCAAACACUUACGGAAUGGCUUCAAAUUACAUUCCCCAAACAUAGAUGUGGACAAAGGAGAUGCAUGAAAGAGACAAGUAGUUGUCUUCAUCUCCGUAACAAGAAAUAGUGAUGGCAAAAUUUACCCCCAAACAGCAGAGGUGCAUUUAAUCGAUGGGAUACGUGAAAUGGGCUUUUUUUGUACCUAAAUCAACUGUAGAUGAUAAAGACUGAACCAGAGGAUAGCACACUGUUUUGGAGAAAGCACAUGCUGGAGCAUCGCUUAUAAAAGGAGCACACCUUAGAGGUUUACCUCUGAAGGUUCUCUCAGCAGCUGGGUGAGAUCAUCGACAAAUGCUUUAAGGUAGUCAUACAUCAUACACAUUGUUGGUACCCCCGUGUUAAAACAAAAACUUGAAACUGACAAAAGUAACUAUACAUCAAUAUUUCUUAGUAAUGAGACUUUUUAUGGAAUUUUGGAACAGAAUAAUUAAGCAAUAUCACACAAGAGGGAGUGCUGUUGUACUGAAUAUCAGCACGGCUGUGAUUCUCUUCCCAGCCGUAGUACAACAGCACUCACUCCUGAGUGAUAUUGCUUUUAUCCAACAGUUCUACAAGCACCAAUCAUUAGUUAACAAUAAUAAUUAACAACAUAUUAUGUUCAGAUUUCUUUGGUUCAUUAAUGAUUUAUUUGGCUCCGCCAACACAAAUAGAUCCGCAACUGGACUGAACUGUUGCCAAGCAACACAAACACAUUAGCAUUACAUUAGGUUCCCUUGUUCCUCUUCUGGCGACCAUUCUUAAUUCAACUUAAUUCAGCUGCAAUCUAAGCUACAAAAAGAUUGUUGAUAACAUUAACGGUUAUGAGAACACCCGUAAAGCGGAGCGAUACGUGGAUAGUUAAAAGACCCAGUGCUGUUAUACUCUAUAUCAGCACUGGAAUGCCUCUUGUCCAAUCAAAUUACUUGGUCGGAAGGAACUGACUUGGAUAAUUUGUAAUAAUCUUCAUCUUCUGCCUCAACUUCUUGUAGUAGAGCUUCUUGGCCUCUUGUGGCACAAAGAACUGCAGCAUUUCUUGGAGAGUGCAUUCAGAUUCCAUAUAUAAAUAGUUAAAAAAAAAUAAUAAUCAGGUAUACAGGACCAUGCGGAGGGCCGAUCCAAUGUGUUGGCUGAGCUACAGCCUUGACAACCUGAUAGUGCUUAAUUUCAUAAUGCAUUUGAUGGUGUUGCCUUUGAUUCACGAAUUCUCCAUUCAGCCCACUGCACGCAUUCUCCUUCAUCUUCUGCAAGACACAAAUGCAAACAUAAGAAAUGAAUGAGAGAAAUCAUAACACUUAAGAUUUAUCUGCCAGUUUACGUCUAUCCGCCUGUCCAAACAACAGUGGCGGUUGUCAUAUUAAAUCUAGGCACUAAGGCCACAUACAGCUGAUGCUCAUGAAGUAAGGCAGAUAAGAAACUGAUAACUACUGAUUUCUCCUUUCCUGGCACAGUCCUUAACAUAUGUAAUGAGGCUAAAAACGUAUAACAUUACAUAACUGACGACCAGUCUAAUGACCGUGAAAUUUGCAGGCAGUAUCGUAUGAUGUAUGCACAAGCUAAUAUGCUUAUCAGAAAAUUUGGUAUGCGUUCAUCUUCUGUGAAAAUAACACUUGCUGCUUCUUGCUACAAAAGAAGCGGCAUUCAAUUAUGGUAUGAGGCUACAACUCAAAGUGCCUAGAUGGAGUAGCGCAAGCCUUCCGUUUGUGAAUGUUGAUGUGCCAACUUGUCCUGCUGUUCUCAGAAACCUUAUGUAUAGAUGUAUGUGUAGACUACUGUGUCUUGCAACAAGUAAGGGAUAAUGGACCACGUUAGACUAUCAAAAGUUAAUACACGUCGGCCCCAAAGCGGAGGGCCGAUCCAAUGUGUUGCGGGCGCCCUCUGGAGGCGCCCUUAAUUAAUUAAAAUAUACGAAACAAGCGAAAUUAAACCAAACAUGUUCCCAAAUGGAACGGAGAAGGGAGGGGGCGGGGGAUUAAAGUUAGGGCGCACUGAAACCCUCACCGUAGUACGCAGGACAAUGCGACAAAGCCAUCUAUCCCAUUCUAUAGAAAAUAUUGAGAUAUAUAUCGUAUAUCGCCAGUCAGCCAAAAAAUAUCGGGAUAUGAUAUUUAGCCCAUAUCGUGCAGCCCUAAUCUGAAUACAGACGUCGCAAAACCUCUACAUCCAGCUCUCCAACAAGAAGUUGACAACGAAGACCUUACGGAUGGCACAGGCAGGCGAUUUGUUCACUGAUGCAUUUCCAAUGCAAAAACCCCGACAACCAAUUGGAAUACAGACGCUGCAAACCCUCUCCAUCCAGCUCUCCGAGAAGCAGUUGACAACAACGGAGACCCUACAGAUAACACAAGCCCGUGAUUGUUUCACUUGCUCCAAAUUAAACGACCAUUCAAAGCUCACGGCAGAAAAGAUGGCACAGGUGUGGAAGGUCGUCGAAUUCAAAGAUAGGAGCACUACCAUAGUGCCAAGCAGCUGGUUGGAGGAGGCAGGGGAGUCAUGGAAUUGUUUCUGGCCUCCUAGUUCUUACGAUCAUAACCGCCUCCAGAAGGCAGUCGCGCACCACCUUCCUCCAGGUGCAGCGUGGGACGUGCACGGUGACGUGAGGGUCUUGGUUAGCUGUGCAACAUAUGUUAAGGCAAAGGACUACCUGAAAAAGUCCUUACUGUGUUUAACAUCAGACAUACAGUCAGAGGCUGAAGACCCUAUCAGAAGGAAAAAAAGGCCAAACUCACGCUACCUGCAGGAGCCAGCUGGAAGAGCCCAGACCACUAGGGGCCCGCCGCAACACUAUUUUGAAGGUGUGGACACUGAUGACGAGGCACCACCCCCCCUAAGGAAAACAGCACGACAAUCUGUAGAUGUAGGGCCAGACAUCAAUAGUGAGUGGCUAUUUGGGCCAUCGACCACCCAAAGAGCUCAAUCAAAUGGCAGCCAGAGACUUGAGCUACUACAUCUAGAUACAGUCCAACCAAGCCACCAGCUAUUGCAUGAUAUGGGAAUAUCUAAAGUCGUGGAGCUGCUUUCCAAAGUGCUGGAAGAAAAUAAAUUGAUGAAAGCGGAAAUUACCAACCUGGGGAGUGAAGUGAGGGCGCUUAGGAGAGAGAUGGUGAGGCCGGUAGCACCAGAAGCUGCCGCUUCGUCCAUCAAGCUGCCUCUGAGGACCAUGGAGGAGUUUCAAUUAGCAGAGGCUGUUAUGAGAGAAACCCCCUGCGAAAAACAAAAGAUGAUCUUAACAUUCAGUCUAAUUGGAGGGCACACUGCAGAAGAGGCCGUAAGAAGGAUGUUGCAGAGUGGCCUAACCAAUAACCUGGCGUGUCGCUUCAACUGGGCAGGGAAAGGCUUCAAGGAAGCCUUCAAAAGCACUGUCCUUAGUGAUGUACUGUUCGCUGCACUCCAAAAACAGCUGCCAGGGACCACCCAUGUUGUUUUUUCAGGGACACUGAAGAAGUGGCUUAAAUAUGCACCGGAGAGAGAGGGAGGUGGAGGGAGGCGAACAAAUGAACGCGAUCAGGUAGGCCUAUGUGCGCUUGUUCCACACAUCAUGCGUCCUUCGACGGAUGAGCGUCGCGAGUGCGACUCUGAACCAUGGAUGGACAGGUCUGAACGGACGGACCCAAAAUGCAUUUCGAGAGCGCAAUGCUAUGGAGCCAGUUUCCUGCCAUAAUUCCAACCUGAAAAAAAAAGUUUCAAAGGCUUAUAAAUUCAAACUAAAAUUCAAACAUCUGUAAACAUGAUUUUGCGUUCUAUUUUAUCUUCAUAAUUUUCACCAACACAUUUUCAAAGUUCUAACAAUAUCACCUGCGCAUUUGCAGAGUUUCAAAUCUGGCACUGUUCGAACAGUGUAUUUCAUUGUUUCCCGGUUUUGAAACCUUGUAAAUGGGAACAGGUGUUAAAAACAUGUAAAGGUGUACGUUUACGCCAUUGCAAUGUCUUUUUUCAGAACUGACUUUUCAGAGAUUUGACCAUGCAGGCGCAAGCUUUGAGUCACGUGAAUAUUGGCAGCGUUCUGUCGCGCAUUCGUUUUGAAACUCCUGACAGUCUGAAGAAAAAUAAAACGUUCCUGGGGGCGGGACCAUUUAGCUCUAAACCUAUUGGUUGCUCUCGGCUGACGUACAUUCCAAUCACAUGUGCCGAUCACCGGCCUGUGCGUGAUUGACAAUGCUCUGCCAAUGACAAGAAUGUGAUUGGAAUGUACGUCAGUACAUUCCAAGCGGUCAGACAACUAUCAUACCGUCGCAGUACACCGCCCAGACUCCCCCAUCCGUGCCAACACCCGCAUGGGGAGGGACGAAGGAUGUACAUGUGCCGUUCACCGGCCUGUGCGUGAUUGACAGUGCUCUGCCGAUGAAAAGAAUGUGAUUGGAAUGUACGUCAGCCGAGAGCAACCAAUAGGUUUAGAGCUAAAUGGUCCCGCCCCCAGGAACGUUUUUUUUUCUUCAGACUUUUGACUGUCAGGAGUUUCAAAACAAAUGCGCGACAGAACACUGCCAAUAUUCACGUGACUCAAAGCUUGCGCCUGUGUGGUCGAAUCUCUGAAAAGUCAGUGCUGAGAAGUCACUUCUGAAAAAAUACAUUGCAAUGGCGUAAACGUACACCUUUACAAGUUUUUAAAAAUAAAUAUUCAACCUUUCAAAACUUAUUUCUCAAUGUAUGAACACCUGUUUGCAGAAUCCCAUUUACAAGGUUUCAAAACCGGGAAACAAUGAAAUACACUGUUAGAACAGUGCCAGAUUUGAAACUGCAAAUGCGCUGGUGAUAUUGUUUGAACUUUGAAAACAUGUUGAAUUUUUUUCAGGUUAUAAUGUCUUUUUUCAGUGUUGCAAAACCUUUUUUACAAGGUGUUGAGUUUUCAAACCCAGACUUACAAGCCUUUGAAACUUUUCUUUUCAGGUUUGAAUUAUGGCAGGAAACUGGCUCCAUACAAUGCAAGUCACGGGCGCAUGGCGUAGUUUGAAACAAACCUCAUUCAGUCGUAUUGCUGGACUCAUUUUGUAUACCGCUUAUGUUAAUAUUCUUCUAUUUAUUUUCAGGCGCCGCAGGAUCCUCGACCAUGAAUGAAUGUGUGUGUGUGUAAAUAAUAAUUAUAUUCGUUAGAAUAAGUAGGGUUAAUUGGGUUUGGGUUGUUCGUGUUCGGUUAUCACGUUGUGUUGUUCAUUAUUGUCGCCACCGUUGUUGUGUCAUGUUUGUUUGUUGGGUGCUCUAUGUGAGAGGAUUUUAAUAAAAGUAGUCUGCGUCGAGGGGUGUACGGGGCGCAGAACUACAGUUAAAUAAAGCCUGACUGUGCGUUUCUUGGCCGCCGCUACAAUAUGUUUGACAACAAUAGCCUAUGUUCUGUGUAUUCAUAUAUUCAUUAGAGCCUUGAAGGAGAUUCAGUAGCCUUAAAAUCCUAAUUUAAUUGUAGAGUCAUAUCAUGAUGUCCUUUAAAUAAAUCAGUGAGUGAAGAACCAACAUCGACCACAAUAUUCGACCAUAAUCAUUAGUUGAAUAAAGGUUGAAAAGGGAUUGACGUGCCGUCGUCGGUCGCCUUCCAUUCAACGUUGAAUCGACCUGGAACAGUAUGAGCAAACUGCCGUUGAAUCGACCAAAAUUCGACCAUAAUCGUUGAAUAAAGGUUGAAAAGGGAUCGACGCGCCGUCGUCGUUCGCCUCCCAUUCAACGUUGAAUCGACGGUGGACAGUAUGAGCAAACUGACGUUGAAUCGACGUCCGGUCUCAACGCUGAUUCAACAUGUUUUGGUUGAAAAUGCGGAGGUUGAUUCACCGUUGAUUCAACGUUCUUUUGCUGUCUGGGACACGUUAUUCAUGAAGGUAUUUGUUAGACCAUUCAUAGUCAAUCUUUGCAAAGGAAUACGGUUAAAAGAGAAAAAUAGGGGAAACCAUCUCCAUCAAUAAUGUAUUUAUUACGGCUGGACAAAGAUUAAAAGUUUUAAUCGCAUCAACUCGCGAUUAAUCACACUUUUAUCCACUCCAAUUUAAGUUGAAUGAGAUAUCAAAUUGAAUGACACAUUAUCAUUUAUACCAAAUGUACUUAUCAAUAACUUGGCCAAGUUUUCUUGAGGGAGUUUUAUUGAGUCACCCAGUGUGGUUUGAAUACGACAAUUACGGAACACUAUUAUAGGCAUGUUUUCUCCUUCACACCUGAUUCAAAUCAAAGGGUUAUUAGCAGAUUUCUGCAGAGCUUGAUGUCAUGGUAUUGAGUUGAUGUGAGAUGAACUAUAAAAUAUGUAAAUAAAUCAAGGAUGUAAUAUCAUUUCAUUAGGCUAAUGUAAUUCACUAAACAUGCUUAUCUUAUAUCUUCUUACAACUUGCACCUGGAAUAUAUACAAUGUAAUAAAUUGAGUACUGAUUUUACUUUGUUGU